AGCAGGAGAAGAUGCUGAGGAUGCGGACCAUGGGGUGGGCGCGCGCCUGGUGCCUGGGCUGCUGUCUCCUCUUGCCGCUCUCGGUAAGCCUGGCGGCCGCCAAGCAACUCCUCCGGUACCGACUGGCCGAGGAGGGCCCAGCAGACGUCCGCAUCGGCAACGUCGCCUCGGACUUGGGCAUCGUGACCGGCUCCGGUGAGGUGACUUUCAGCCUCGAGUCGGGCUCGGAGUACCUGAAGAUCGACAACCUCACCGGCGAGCUGAGUACCAGCGAGCGGCGCAUCGACCGCGAGAAGCUACCCCAGUGUCAGAUGAUCUUCGACGAAAACGAGUGCUUCCUGGACUUCGAGGUGUCGGUGAUCGGGCCCUCGCAGAGCUGGGUGGACCUGUUCGAGGGUCGGGUCAUCGUGCUCGACAUCAACGACAACACGCCCACCUUCCCGUCGCCCGUGCUCACGCUCACGGUGGAGGAGAACCGGCCAGUGGGUACUCUCUACCUGCUGCCUACUGCCACCGACCGUGAUUUUGGCCGCAACGGCAUCGAACGCUACGAGCUGCUCCAGGAGCCCGGGGGCGGCGGCGGCGGCGGCGGCGAGGGCCGGCGCGCCGGGCCUGCAGACAGCGCCCCCUACCCCGGGGGCGGCGGGAACGGCGCGAGCGGCGGCGGCCCCGGUGGUUCCAAGAGGCGGCUGGACGCGCCAGAGGGCGGCGGCGGGACCAGCUCCGGCGGCCGCAGCAGCGUGUUCGAACUGCAGGUGGCCGACACCCCGGAUGGCGAAAAGCAGCCGCAGCUGAUCGUGAAGGGGGCGCUGGACCGCGAACAGCGAGACUCCUACGAGUUGACCCUGCGUGUGCGCGACGGUGGCGACCCGCCUCGCUCCUCCCAGGCCAUCCUGCGGGUGCUCAUCACAGACGUGAACGACAACAGUCCCCGCUUCGAGAAGAGCGUGUACGAGGCUGACCUGGCGGAGAACAGCGCCCCGGGGACCCCCAUCCUGCAGCUGCGUGCCGCCGACCUGGACGUGGGGGUCAACGGGCAGAUCGAGUACGUGUUCGGGGCGGCUACCGAGUCCGUGCGGCGCCUGCUGCGCCUCGACGAGACGUCCGGCUGGCUCAGUGUCCUGCACCGUAUCGACCGCGAGGAAGUGAACCAGCUGCGCUUCACCGUCAUGGCCCGCGACCGCGGGCAGCCCCCCAAGACCGACAAGGCCACGGUGGUCCUUAAUAUCAAGGACGAGAACGACAAUGUGCCGUCCAUUGAAAUCCGCAAGAUCGGGCGUAUCCCACUAAAGGACGGGGUGGCCAACGUGGCCGAGGACGUUCUGGUCGACACUCCCAUCGCCCUGGUACAGGUGUCUGACCGAGACCAAGGCGAGAACGGAGUGGUCACCUGCACCGUGGUGGGCGAUGUGCCCUUCCAACUCAAGCCAGCCAGUGACACAGAGGGUGACCAGAACAAGAAAAAGUACUUCCUGCACACCUCGGCCCCUUUGGACUAUGAGACCACCCGGGAGUUCAACGUGGUCAUAGUGGCGGUGGACUCGGGCAGUCCCAGCCUCUCCAGCAACAACUCCCUGAUUGUCAAGGUGGGAGACACCAAUGACAACCCGCCCGUCUUUGGCCAGUCGGUGGUGGAGGUAUACUUUCCAGAGAACAACAUCCCUGGAGAGAGGGUAGCCACGGUGCUGGCGACAGACGCGGACAGCGGGAAAAACGCUGAAAUCGCCUACUCGCUGGACUCUUCCGUGAUGGGGAUCUUCGCCAUCGACCCCGAUUCCGGGGACAUUCUCGUCAAUACGGUGCUGGACCGCGAGCAGACUGACAGGUAUGAGUUUAAAGUUAACGCCAAAGACAAAGGCAUCCCGGUGCUACAGGGCAGCACCACAGUGAUUGUGCAGGUGGCUGAUAAGAAUGACAAUGACCCUAAGUUUAUGCAGGACGUCUUUACCUUUUAUGUGAAGGAAAAUUUGCAGCCCAACAGUCCCGUGGGAAUGGUCACAGUGAUGGAUGCUGACAAGGGGCGCAAUGCGGAGAUGAGUCUGUACAUAGAGGAGAACAGUAACAUUUUUUCCAUUGAAAAUGACACGGGGACCAUUUACUCCACAAUGUCUUUUGACCGGGAACAUCAGACUACAUACACAUUCAGAGUCAAGGCUGUGGAUGGGGGAGAUCCUCCCAGAUCCGCAACAGCCACAGUCUCUCUCUUUGUGAUGGAUGAGAAUGACAAUGCCCCCACAGUUACCCUUCCCAGAAAUGUUUCCUACACUUUACUGCCACCUUCAAGUAAUGUCAGGACAGUAGUAGCUACGGUGUUGGCAACAGACAGCGAUGAUGGCAUCAAUGCAGACCUUAACUACAGCAUUGCGGGAGGGAAUCCCUUCAAGCUGUUUGAGAUUGAUUCCACCAGUGGUGUGGUUUCCUUAGUGGGCAAACUCACCCAAAAGCAUUAUGGCUUGCACAGAUUGGUGGUGCAAGUGAAUGAUAGUGGGCAGCCUUCCCAGUCUACCACGACUCUGGUGCAUGUGUUUGUCAAUGAAAGUGUUUCUAAUGCAACUGUGAUUGACUCCCAGAUAGCCCGAAGUUUGCACACCCCACUCACCCAGGAUAUAGCCGGUGACCCAAGCUAUGAAAUAAGCAAACAGAGACUCAGUAUUGUCAUUGGGGUUGUGGCUGGAAUUAUGACGGUGAUUCUAAUCAUCUUAAUUGUAGUGAUGGCAAGAUAUUGCCGGUCCAAAAAUAAAAAUGGCUAUGAAGCCGGCAAAAAAGAUCACGAAGACUUUUUUACACCGCAACAGCAUGACAAAUCUAAAAAGCCUAAAAAGGACAAGAGAAACAAAAAAUCUAAGCAGCCUCUCUACAGCAGCAUUGUCACUGUAGAAGCUUCUAAACCAAAUGGACAGAGGUAUGAUAGUGUCAAUGAGAAGCUGUCAGACAGCCCAAGCAUGGGCCGAUACCGAUCAGUUAACGGUGGGCCUGGCAGUCCUGACCUGGCCAGGCAUUACAAAUCUAGUUCCCCAUUGCCUACUGUCCAGCUUCACCCCCAAUCACCAACUGCAGGAAAAAAACACCAGGCCGUACAAGAUCUACCACCAGCUAACACAUUUGUGGGAGCAGGAGACAACAUUUCAAUUGGAUCAGAUCACUGCUCUGAGUACAGCUGUCAAACCAAUAACAAGUACAGCAAACAGAUGCGUCUGCAUCCAUACAUUACUGUGUUUGGCUGAAUUCCACUCUAAUAUGAUGCUCCAUUAUGCACCAUACUCUGAUGACCUUGCUACUUCACAACCUGCUGGAGCCUGCCCUUGGCCGUGGGGUGUCAGCCAAUCACUGCUUGUUCCACUUGUGCAUCUGAUUUUCAAGGUUUUUUGUUUUGUUUGUUUUGUUUUUUUCUCAUUUAAGGAAAAAUAGUAUUGAAAUAAACGUAUAAAAGAAACAGUAUUAAUAAAGAAAUGUGCUACUAAUGGAUGUCUAAGUCACCAGGAAUUCCUUUCUCAGAGUAGUGGUUAGCAGAACUUAACAGUGAAGUCUUUUUAAAAAAAACCCAAAAGCGUAUUUCAACAAUUAUUUUAAGACGCUGGCUUUGUGUAAACCAAGGAAAAUUAAGUCUAUGAAGUCUUUGUCUAUAAUACAUUAAAAAAAUGACUUUGAAUAAAAUCCUAAAUUGAUCAAUAGUUUUAAAGGGUUACGUAAUCAAAGCCUUUUCCAGAUCAGGGAGAUAGGUCUGUCAGAGUGAAGGAUGGUGUCUCCUUUGCAUUGUGUGGGUGUAUUUCUAAAUGCCACUAUGUGUGUUUGCUCCCACACAUGUGUAUACAAGGACUUGGAGCAAUAUUUAUAAAAAAUAUUGUCUGUAAGACAAACUUGAGAGAUUUAUUUUGUGUUCACCACAGGCACUGCCAAUGGACUGGUUUUUCCUUAAUCUUGAAAUACUGACCAAAAUAUCUGUAGAAUUUUUAAGAUUUGUGUUGCUGUUGUUAUUAAAUUCCUUAAGAAAAUUUAGAACCUUUAAGUUAGAUUCACUGAAGUCACUGUAGUCACAUUCAGAAGGAAUAUGUGGCUACCUAUUUUUGUGGACUACAUUUAUCUGAAGGCUAUUCUAUUUGAUGUCAGAUAACAUAAGUUCAAGCAGCUUCUGAGAAUUCAGCACGUUAUAUAUUUUUGAGAAAGCAAGUAGCCGAAUUUUAGUUGUAUAAAUAGUGAUUUGCUAGGUAAGUCAAGAAUUCUCUGCAUGGUCCUUCUAACUCUCUCUCUUUAUAUUUUUAUGUCUCUAUUUGUUAUGUUGUAUGUGUUUAUGUGCUUAAAAAUAAGUGUUCCAUAUGAAAACUUUAAUAAUUUUAUAUUUAUCAUAUCAUCUGCCUUAUUAAAGUUUUCCCCAAGUUUUGAAAUACUAAGAAUUCAAGAUUCUUGAGAAUUUUUUGGUGAAUUAUUGUCAAUAUAAAAGCCCUUUAUGAAAUAUAAAUAAAUACUGGAAGAACAACAUUAAAAUGUGGAGUGAUAGGAAAUGCACGCUAACCCAUGUAAAUCACCAGUGCAUGUAUUUCAGGCUUUUUAUUUUCUUAGCUGUUUAUUUAAUUUUGCAAAAUAGAAAUUUUCAGAAAUAUCACUGAGAAUAUAGUGAAAUUCCUGAAUAAAACCUAAUUUUCAUCAACCUCUCAUUUUGUUUUGAGCACAAGGACCAGUGUAAGAAACGGGUGAAAAAACUUCUUUCCACUUUUGGCUUCUAGGCGAUAUUAUGUUUCCUCAACCCAAGUAGUAAACUUCCUUAGAUAUAUACUUAAACUAAAUCCUGUAACAAAUCACAUCACCUCAAAACACAUUACAGACCAAAAGACCAAAAAAAGCAGUCCAGAAUUUGGGGAUAAAUUAAUC